AUGCUUCUUGCAGUGUUUCUCGUGGGUAUUUGCUUUGAAAAUGACAAGAAAACAAUCAAACGGAAAGUUCAGGGGGAGGAAAUGAAAAUCGCCCAGUCUGAUGAGAGACUGACCGUGAUUGGAAAAGGCAAAGAGAUCUUAAACUGGUCAAGAGGAGCCAAGCCAAGAAACGACAUGGGCUGCACCAGCAUUGGAGGUAUCUGUCAGAGUAAUAUUUACAUCUGUCAGGGCAGAUACCUGAAGGAUAAAUGUCGGGGAGAGAUAUCACGCCAGUGUUGUACGCCAGCUGCAGCGUGGAGUGCUCUGUGUGCUGGAAGUCAUCAUAACAGAGUGCGAGCUUGUGACAGCUAUGGCUGUGGUGCCUUUAAUUCCAGGAGUGAUGGGAGGAUCCACAAGGGAAUCGAUAUUGUGUGUGGUGACUAUGGCAUCGUCAAUGCUCCUUUUUCGGGAAACCUGGGUGGUCCUGUUGGGAGAGCAGUGGGAGACUCCGUUCAGUAUGAUGGUGUCAAACUCUAUAACAAAGUAAACACUGCACUCCUGUGGAGCUAUCAAAACAUUUCUCUUGAUGGGAGGAUCCACAAGGGAAUCGAUAUUGUGUGUGGUGACUAUGGCAUCGUCAAUGCUCCUUUUUCGGGAAACCUGGGUGGUCCUGUUGGGAGAGCAGUGGGAGACUCCGUUCAGUAUGAUGGUGUCAAACUCUAUAACAAAGUGCAUUGUGUGAAGAUCUUCAACAUCCGUCCGUAUGUUUUCUUUGGCUCUGUAGUUCAGGGAGAGGCCAUGGGUUACCUGUUACCCCAACAGGAGCGUUUCUCUGGCAUCGCCUCGCACCUGGAGCUUCAGAUGUGUGAUGGCUCUGAUCCAUCGCCCUUCAUAUGAGACAUGUUUAUGCAUUUAAUCAGGCUUUAAAUCAUUCAUUCAGUUAAACCAAUUCUUAAUGCUUUCAUUAGGACUUAUAGUGCAUGGCAUUACACCUUCAUUUAAAUAACAUGACAAAUUGACUGUUUUUACAAGCAAUAAAAUAAUAUAUACUGUAUGUAAUCCUUUCAUGAAGUAUUUAGUUCAUGAAAAUAAAGUACCACAAGAUGGCAGCAUGAAUCUACAGAACAAUAGGGAAAUAAAAAUAAACUAUAUUGUUGAUGUUGUUGCUAUUAUUAUUAUCUUCAG